GGCAGCUCCCGGGCACACGCGGGCACCUCGUACCCACCGGUGCCAGCUCUGUCAGCUGAGGAGGUGCCAGACAGCCUGGCACCAUGCCCAGGGCAUCACCCCUGUCCCGGGCAGCGUGGGGCCGGCCCAGCCUGAGGGCAGCCGUCACCACCGGCGUGUUCCUGACCACCCUCUGGAACAUGAGGUGCUUCCUCCACCCCUCCGAGGUCUCUGGACAAGCCCCCAAGCAGCAGGAGCCACUGGUGGUGCUGGUGUGGGAAUGGCCCUCCAAGCAGGUGCCCAACAUCAGCGGGGACAUGUGCCAGGAGCUGUACGGGGUCAGGGGCUGUUGGCUCACCACGCAGCGCCAGCUCCUGCGCCGGGCAGACGUGGUGGUGUUCCCCCCAGCCGGGCUCCAGCACGGCAGGGAUGGGCUGCCCAAGGAGAAGCCUCCAGGGCAGCACUGGCUGUGGGUCUCCCUGGAAUCCCCCUCCAACACUAAAGCGCUAGCUGGAUGGAACCAAACCUUCAACUGGGUGAUGAGCUACAGACGGGACUCGGACAUCUUCAUGCCCUACGGGAAGCUCGUGCCCAACCGGUCGGGCACCGUGAACAUCCCUGCCAAGACCAACCUGGUGUCUUGGGUCAUCAGCAACUACCACAGGAGCCAGAAAAGAGCUCAAGUCUACAAAAACCUCUCCAGGUACCUCCACGUGAACAUCUAUGGGAAAGCAAACAAGAAACCACUUUGCAAGGACUGUCUCUUGCCAACCACAUCCAAGUCCAAGUUCUACCUGGCCUUCGAGAACUCCAUCCACCAGGACUACAUCACGGAGAAGCUGUGGCGGAACGCGCUGCUGGCGGGCACCGUGCCCGUGGUGCUGGGCCCCCCUCGUGCCAACUAUGAGCAGUUUGUUCCCCCAGACUCCUUCAUCCACGUGGAUGACUUUGGCUCCCUGGCAGAACUGGCCACUUUCCUCAAGAGCAUCAACUCCAGCCGGUACCGACAGUUCUUCUCCUGGCAGAGGAGCUUCAGCGUCAAGCUCUACACGGACUGGAGGGAGCGGCUCUGCAGCAUCUGCACUGCCUACCCCAGCCUGCCCCACAACCGCCUCUACCCCGACCUGGAGAGCUGGUUCAACACCUAACACAGGCUGGGGUGUGCUGGGGGUCAGCAGGGGUGCAUUGGGGGGGAUGGAGCAUCCCCCUGCAGAGCAGAUGGGGCAGGGAAGGACAGGGGAGCCCUGACCUCUCCUCCCAGCCUGGCUGUUGCCUCACUGGGACCUUGAGCAACUCUGAGUGAUUUCAUUUCUUGUAAAGUGGGGCUAACUCCCUCCUCCCCCCCACCAACCUGACACUGACCAACCUCAGCAGGACACUGGCAGGAUGAGAAGGUGCUUUGCAAAUAAAUGACAC